UAGCGUCGAACGCCCACAAAACCAGGCGGCAAUUCAGUUUCAGAGCGCUUUUUAACGGUAAAAAAUGGAUGAAAUGGAGCAUGAUUCCCCGAAUGGCCGUAAAUGGUCCUCGGUGAUCGGCUACAUUCAAUCCACUUCAUCAUAUGCACUUUUUUACAUAGUGCACCCGCUCGUUAUCAUCACAUCCAGUGCCUGUUUGCUGAUUGCCUGCUGGAAGUAUGGGUUUUCCCAUUUGUAUACCUGGCACGUUUUUCUCACGGGUCUCGCGUAUCACCUGCUGAUGGCCAGCGGAAUAGUCGUGUUGAAUGGCAACAACAGCUUCACCCGGUUAAUGAGACAUUCCGCGAGGAGACUGACUCAUCUCGGUUUGCAGUGUGUUGCUAGUGGAGCUGUGCUCGUUGGAUGUGUGGUGCAGUACGCAAGCCGCGAAAUCAAAGGCAAACCACACCUAGUUUCGGUCCACUCAGUGACGGGAACAAUAUCGGUGGUUUUUGUAAUCAUUACGCUAGCGAUCGGGCUGAUCAUACUGGUGUGGGGUCAAGGUCCAAGCAGCUGUAUGAGACUCUCGGUCUCCAAACGAUUGCAUCGUAUCGCUGGGUUGACAAGUUUUUUAGCCGGAACGGUUGCGAUCGUUCUAUCUUACGAUAAACACACUUUCACUGAACACUUCUCGAUAGAAGUGUGCAUAAUGUUAAAAUGCUUUGCUGUAACCAACACUCUGCUUAGUCUGUGUGGCAUGUUCAGGAGCUCAUACCAAUUUAUUCGAGAAUGGUUUGGUGCUUGUAGAAAUAGUGAUUAUCUUUUGUACGAAAAUUAAACAUGUAGCGUUAAAUAUACUUGUGAUAACGGAGAGUGGAAAUAAAAAACAAUAAUCUGUAAUCUCGCGUGGGAUUUCCCUGCUUUGUACACAGCUUCCAGCGUUCACGAUGGGCAACCCAGAUGGCUCGUCUUCGCGACGGUGAUUAACUCGUGUUGCAAAUGAUAAAGAGAACGCUCUACCCUCGCGGUGUCGCGUGCAGUGUGUGGGGGGAGGUUCGCUAGUCUCGCACGUAGCAUCUCGUACACGUACGGCUGAUAAGAAAUCGUGAAAACUGUGAACGCAAGUCUGUCUAUUGAUCAAUCCGUACAAAAGAAUAAUGUUGAACUGGGCAUUACUCCAUACCAUCGCAGCUUACGCUACGCUGCAGCUCGCUCUGUUCGUGGUGAGAAUCAAUUCGUUUAGUGUGCUGUUCUGUUGAGUGGUUUCAACAAAAUUUGGCAAACUGAAAUCGUGAAAGUGUGAACGAGAAAAUGGCAACGGAAAAUGGUUUAGAAACGAAAACCAGUGUGAAAGAAUCUUUCGAAAAACCCAAAGAACCAGGAAUGAAUGAAUGGGUGCUGAUGCUGGAAGGAAUAUUCAACACCAUAAACCACGUGAUGAUCGGUGUCGUCUGCAUUUACACCAGCUGGCUCUGCUGGAUCAAUGGAUUCAGUAAGCUGUACACAUGGCACGUGUUUCUCUGUCUUCUCGGGUACCAUCUGCUGAUGACCGAGGGUAUUGUUCUGUUCUACAGUGGAAACGGAUGGUCCCAAAAGCUUACCCAUUCACAUAAGCGAACCGUUCACUGGCUGAUCGAAGUUGUCGCCUGUUUCUGUGUCGUGCUAGGAAUCGCACUGGAGAUCUACUAUCGCGAAACAAGCAACAAGCGUCACUUUUCCUCGACUCACAGCAUAGUGGGACUGUGCUCGCUAAUCUUCCUGUGCCUUACGUUCGUCAACGGUUUGAUGUCUUUAUAUGCCGUAGAAUUGCGGCGUCGCAUUAAGCCGAUAUACUCGAAGCUAAGCCACUAUCUUAGUGGUACAGUUUGUUACGCGCUGGGUAUGGUAGCAAUUAUGUUGGCAUAUAAGAAAAAGAUAUACCAUCAAAACACAAUUCAGGAAGGCAUUGACAUGAUGUUUUCUUUCACCAUCUUGGUCACUGCAUUGAGCCUUAUCGGGGUUGUGAGGACCGUGUAUAAUCAGCUAAGAAUGCUCCCAAAGUGAACCCACCAACGAAAACUACCAACACUAUAUGGUCAUAUGAAAUAAUGUAUUGUAUGUUGGAAAUCAUUGUGCUUUUAUAUCUUUUUUGAAUAGCAGUUGUGAAAACCGAAAAAUGAAGUAAAGAAUACGACACCCAGGACAAUAAUAGCUAGUUAUUUUUUAUUAUAAUAAAAGGUAUAACAAAGACUAAAUGUGCUGCUGAAUAUUGUAUUUAAGCUGAGUGGAAAGAAUUCAAGCUCAAUAAAUCCAUGAUCCAUGAGAUGCGCCAACCGUAGAACAUCAUAGCUAAAAGAGAAUUUCAGAAUUAUCUUUAAUAUUGAUUUCAUUGUGAAUAAAAUUGUACCUCAAAAUCAUUGUAUGCGGGGCUCGUAAAUAUU